AUGGCUAUACACCAUCCAUGCUUGGUUCUCCUGACCAAAGUCCUCACUGGCAGCGACAGCUUUGGAGAUUUAGACCGAGAUCUGCUCUACCAUAUCAUGCAUGACCUGAUUGAUUUCCACGGCUUAGACCUAGACUACGGUGACGUAUCGCAGGCCCUUGAUCAGUACUGGAGCUGCAAGCCCGGCGAAGAGCCGUGCAAGGUACUAGUCGCAAACCCCUUACGCAUGCUAGACGUCCGCAAAAGCAUAAAAGCCUACGACUCCGCUGUCUGCAAACCCAAAAGCACCAAUCCCGCACCCCUGGAUCUCGGGGGUUCUGUAAUGCGGGACCCUUUCAUGGAGCUUCCGUACGACAUCCUAUACGAGAUAACGCGGCACCUGCCGUCCCACUCCGUGAUCGCGCUCAGCAGCGCAUCAUGGCCAGCCUUCUGCGCCUUCCGGGAAAACGACGGCUUCUGGAAGCGCGCGCUGGUGUCUUCGAUGCCCUGGUUCUGGGAGCUGCAUGACUGGGUGCGAGAGAGCGCCGCGACGGAUUUCCGGGGCCUGUUUCUGUGGCUUGAGAAGGUGACGACGCCGAAGAUCGAUAUGCAGGGCCCGUUCUUGGGCGUUGCGAACCGCCGCCGGAUUUGGGGCGUGUGCGAGAGGCUGGCUGCGAGGUAUCUGCCACGAGUUGUUGCUGUGGCGACGGGAAGUCACGACGCUUCGGAAAGCCACGACGCUGCGAGAACUGUCUGGGGGGGGUGCUCGAAUCCUUAUAUGCCGCUGGUGACGUUCCCGGAACAUGCCGAGGGGACAAGCACCGUGACGACGCAGUGGGUGUGCUCGUGGAAAGAGAUAAGCGGGCAAGAGGGUGUGUUCGAGACGUUUUGGGAUGCGAGUCGCAGCCUUGUUGGGCUAGCACUCUCGUUCGCUGGGGACCGGAGGCUUUUUGGGAGGGAUGAUAGAGACGGAGAUGUCUUGAAGGAGGCGGUGAUGGUCAGAAGAGGAGACGAGAUCAUGGGUCUUGUCUUACAUCUGCCGGAUGUCUCGGUGGAAAACAUGCGCCCUGCAAGACUUUCUCACUUAAUUGACCACGAGGAGUCAAACUUGCGAACGUCUAUCAAGGGGAUCACUGUCCAGAUGGCGUGCGGAGAGGAACGGCUUGGAGACACAAACCAAACAUACAACCGGCGGGCAUUAGUCCCCAAUGAUGAUUAUUUCGUUGCGGGAGUUGUAGGCCAUAUCAGUGGCAGCGGGACAAUCAACCGUCUCGGUUUGGUACAAUGUCCUCGCUACGGAGUCCACAUUUCUACGGACAGUCCAGGCGAGCCACAAAUACCUCUGGUGCAAAAAAUGCUCUGGAAAAGCACCUCCACACCACUAGGGUUUCCCCCAGCAGCUCACCCGCAGCUAGUCGCGCUGCCAUACCAUGAAGACCCUCUCGACCGUUACCGCAUCCAGGCCAAUCUCCCUGAAGAUGUUGUCCCGGCCGAACCACUCAUCUGGGCUGCUAGCGAGGCAGAGUUGAAGAGCGUCCAGCGCAUCUCGGUGUACCAGCUGAACGACGGUCGAGACAUCUGCGGCGCAAAAGUCGAGUUUACACCAGAGUCGGGCAUUCCGGCGCGGGUGGUCGGGAAUGGCGUGGCGGUGGGCACGAAAAGCGAAGACGAUGCCGAGAUCGGAGGAGAAUGGCAGGAGCAGUUCGUGGUGGGCUUUGAUAUUGAUGGCCCUGGAGGCGAGGUUGUGACCGCGGUGGAGGUGAUGCAUGACGAGGAGAUCAAGGCCAUGAAGCUUCGCACAAAUCGUGACAGGGAGGUGUACUGGGGAGAACACAACAUGAACAACGUGCACUUUCACCCGGCAACAGCAGGGCCGGGCGAGACUAUUGUCGGAAUUGCGCUGGGAUUCGGCUCGCAAGGCGGGUUUACCUGGACGGAUGAAACAUAUGGGUAUUCUUUGAUGAACUGGGCUGCCACGCUGGUCAUGUCGCUGCAGGGCUGA